AUGCGCUCCAGAGCCACGUGCAGGCCUCGAUCGAAUACAGCGCGUCGGGCACGUGAUCGAGACGCGCGACGCUGCGGCGGGCGCCAAACACAGGCGGCCCUUGCGGACACUGACAGAAUGGCGAAGGUCGGCCGCGUCCCACAGCGGCGCAGCUCCGAAGCCCCUCCAGAGCCGCACACACUGUGACACAGCUGCGUAAGCUGCGCAGGGCAGUGCUCCGCAGACCCAGUCAAGACCCGCUGCUGCUCGGUCGGCCCAAAGCGACCCCUGUCUCCCUCUCCACCAGCCGCCAUGAUUGUAGACCCGAACACCACAAACAUGGCUACAGCGUCCAAGGACGAUAUGCAAGCGCCACCCUCUUACGAUGAAACGAUGAAGGAUGCUGCCGCCUCCGGGCCCUUCCUCGCUGAUGGAGCGGCGAGAGCCGAUCAAGUGAAGGUCCCAAUCCCCCCGCCGCCAUCACACCCGUUGGCGGGACCCUCACCGCGCAUACCGUCCAUGCCAACAACGACGGUUUACAACUAUGUGAACCCCGUAUCCGGCGAACAUAUCGUUUCUCUGCUCUCUCCGGACCACCCGCAAAUGGUCUGCCUGCAGCAAGGCGGCCACGUACCGAGCACGCGCUACGGAGUCCUCGGCAUUCUUGCGGCCAUCAUCUGGUUCCCUCUGGGCAUCGGCUGCUGCUUGCUGGACCGGCGAGUGAAGUGCUCUAGGUGUGGGCUCACUCUCGACGAGGGUCUGUGCGCAUAAGCGCAGCACCGCGGGAUCUCGGGAUUACUUUGCCACCCUUCUUUCUUUCGUUGGUUCCUAUCGGAUUUCCUUCGGUUUCUGUACCGUAUUGUACGUACUGUUCUCUGCUGCAUUCCUUCAUCGCACAUGUUGGCCUCCUCAUCUCAUGACAUCUACACCGGACUGUUGUACUUGUAGAAUACGUACAGUAGACCAUGCCGUCCUCAGAUGCAAUACACUGACGCUCCCUCCGAGUUAAUCUUGACAUCCUUGAACAGUUG